AUUUUAUAUGUACAUAUAAAUUAGUUUCUCGAUGAGUCUUUCUAAACAUAAUUAACUUCUCUCUCUCUCUUCUCUCUCACAAUUGUUAACCAGAUGGAUCCUCGCAUCGCCUCAACCUCCGUGUUCCGGUGGUCUCGGGGUCGCCGGAAGAUUCAUAUCCGUCGUCGUAAGUCACAGGUGGUGCGUCUUGGGGGGAAGAACAAUAUGGUGCCACGUGGCGGAUUCUCAUUGAAGAAGAUGGUGAGGAGGAUGAAGCUGAGAUGGUUGAGACUACACUACGUGAGACUUGUGAAGAAGAUCAAAGGGUUUUAUCGUAAUUUGGUGAAAGAGUUCGUAGACGCAGGAGCUGAGCUUGAAGCGAUUCAGAAGCGAAUGGCGGUUGAAGCGGCUGCGUUUGCGGUUCCUGGUUUAGGUCUCUCUUUCUCCUCAAUGUCAGUCCAUGACCGAGCACGGUAUUUUCUUGUAUAGUCAUAUAAUCAUAUUCAUUCAAUAAUUAAUCUUUGUAACUUAUUAUUACUUUUUGUUGUUGUUGUUGUUGCAUCUCAUAGCUAUUUAUUUUAUUGUGAUUUCAUAUUUCUUGGAAUCAUGAGAAUGCUGGGAAGUGAAAUUGGUAUUAGUACA